AUGUGCAGUGGUUCAGAAACUGAGCCUUGCCCCUUGGAUUUAAAUAUGGAGGCUAAAUAUCAGCCGAAAAGAGAUGAAGUUUCAUGUAAAAGUUGCUCCAAGUUGCUGGAGUUGUCAGCUACAGAUGAUCUUGCUGGCUUCAUAUCGGAAGUUGAACAGAAGGGAUGUGAUUUGAACGAGUUGAGCUAUUGGUAUGGAAGAAGAAUUGGUUCUAGGAAGAUGGGUUUUGAGGAGAGAACCCCUAUCUUGAUUGCCUCCAUGUAUGGAAGUACCAAGGUUCUGAAUUAUCUUGUUCAAAGUGGAAAGAUUGAUGUCAACGGGGCUUACGGUUCAGAUGGGGUGACUGCUCUCCACUGUGCUGCCGUUGGUGGUUCGGACUCGUCAGUUGAGGUUGUCAAGAUGCUGCUUGAUGCUGCUGCUGAUGUUAAUUCUCUUGAUGCCAAUGGAAAUAGGCCCUGUGAUCUGGUUGCUCCUGGUAUGAAAUCCUUGAGCUACUCAAAAAGGAAAUCACUGGAGAUGUUGCUGAAAGGCAUUACUGCUGAGGUUUCUGAGGGAGAGGAUGACCUCGGAAGCGCAAUAGUUCAGGGAAAAGAAGGAGCUGAGAAGAAAGAAUACCCAAUUGAUGUAUCAUUGCCUGAUAUAAACAACGGUCUUUAUGGUACUGAUGAGUUCAGGAUGUACAGCUUCAAGGUGAAGCCUUGCUCAAGGGCUUAUUCCCAUGACUGGACAGAGUGCCCUUUUGUCCAUCCCGGUGAGAAUGCCCGGAGGCGUGAUCCUAGGAAGUACCAUUACAGCUGUGUCCCUUGCCCUGACUUCAAGAAGGGGACAUGUGCAAAGGCUGAUGCUUGCGAGUAUGCCCAUGGUGUUUUUGAGUCAUGGCUUCAUCCUGCACAAUACAGAACCAGGCUUUGCAAGGAUGAGACUGGGUGUGCAAGAAAAGUUUGCUUCUUUGCUCACAAACUGGAAGAGUUGCGGCCUUUGUAUGCCUCAACUGGUUCAGCUGUGCCUUCACCAAAGUCUGGUUCUGUUAGUUCAAUGGACAUGACCACCUUGAGUCCGUUGGCUCUCGGAUCAUCCUCUCUGUUGAUGCCAACUACUUCAACCCCUCCCAUGUCACCUUCAGCGGCGUGCUCAUCUCCAAUGAGCACCAGCAUGUGGCAGAGCAAAAUGAACCUUACACCACCUACACUUCAGCUCCCCGGAAGCCGUCUAAAGACAGCUUUGAAUGCGAGGGACCUGGAGUUGGAAUUGGAACUGCUGAAAAUGCAAAAUAUAAGGACACAACAGCAACAAAGGCAGCAAUUGAUAGAUGAGAUGGCUGGCCUUGCUUCUCCAUCUUCCUGGAACAAGGAUUACAACAGGAUUGGGGAUUUGAAGCCAACUAAUCUUGAUGAUGUUUUUGGGUCUAUCGACCCAUCUUUGUUGUCUCAUUUGCAGAGUCUCUCUCCUAGAGUUCAAGCAUCUUCCAGCUCCCAGAUGCAGUCUCCAACUGGGGUUCGGAUGCGCCAAAACAUGAACCAACUUCGAGCCAGCUAUCCUUCCAAUGUUUCCUCAUCUCCAGUGAGGAAGUCAUCUCCACCGGCUGGCUUUGACACUUCCGCGGCUGUUGCGGCCGCAGUCAUGAACUCGAGAUCAUCUGCCUUUGCAAAGCGCAGCCAGAGCUUCAUUGACCGUGGCGCUGUUAACCAUCGUGCUGGGGUCAAUGCCUAUGCUAAUUCCCCGACCAUGUCAGCUUCCAAUGUUGCCGACUGGGGCUCCCCUGAUGGGAAGUUGGAUUGGGGUUUCAGUGGAGGUGAUGAUCUUAACAAGCUGAGAAAAUCAGCAUCUUUUGCGUAUCGCAACAACGGGAAUUCUGCUUCGCCAAUAACAAGUGGCAGGACUCCAAUUGUAGAUGAACCUGAUGUUUCUUGGGUCAAUUCCUUGGUGAAAGACGUUCCAGCUGGGAACGCCGGGCAACUAUUUAGCUCGGAGCAGAAGCGUAAUGGAGGGUUCAAUGACAUUAUGCCAUCAUGGAUUGAUCAACUGUACAUAGAGCAGGAGCAGAUGGUAGCUUAA